AUGGGUUCUUGUGCAGGAUCAGGAUAAAAUAAAUAAAAACAAUUAAGAGAUGAGAGAAUAAGAACUGAACCAGAUAAAGAAAGAGGAAGUGAAGCUUUUACAGGUGGAAUCAAUAUUUCAAAUGCUUCAAGAAAAAGUGCAGAAUCUAAAGGUUUAGAUUUACCUAAUCAAAAAAAAAAGACUAUGAAAAAGUAAGAAAGUCUUAAAGUAACACUUUCAAUCACACACGACCCUAUUUCAAAAUAUUAUAUUCGAAAAAACCUUCGCUAUUUAGAUGGAGUAAAUUUUAAAGAUAAUAUGUUUGUUGUUCAACAUAUUGUUACUGGAAAAAUUCGAAUAGCUGAAAGAUUUGAAAUAAGUACUCCAACAAGUGCAUUUAUUAAUAAAAUAUUGUACUUAUAAUUAGUAAAUAUUUGA